UGGCGGACGCCUUUCAGGACUCUUCAUUGAGGAGUCUCACGUGUUUUAUGAAUUGAGCACGAUUCUGCUACUAUACUCUGUUUACUAUAUUGUUUAUACGCGAUACACAUAUACUUUAUAGUGAUAAAACUGACAAAGUGCGACUUGUACGAAGAUGGAUUUGAAGCCAAGUAAUGGAUUCUUUGAUUUAUGUAUAAAUAUUUCGAACGAGAAUGAAGAAUGCCUAAAGGAUACCUUAUUGAGGUUAUAUCAGAUGGGUUACAGGACGGUGGCAUUAAAUCAAACUUUACACGAAAGUGCCUUCGAUAAUGAUAAGAAGAAGAAGAAAGGUACAGAGAAUAAAACGCUAGCAAACAUUGUGCCAGAUCCAAUUGACGUGCGCCAGCUGAAUGAAGAAUUUAAAGGAAAACUGUGUAUACUCAAUAGAAUAACAUUUAUUUGUUCGGAUCCUGCGAAAACACAUACAUUGGCGCACUGUGCAACUAUGAAAAAAUAUCAUUUAUAUGCUAUUGUGCCGACGAAACAAAAUAUGCUGGAGUUUGCCUGUUCACAACUAAACGCGGACCUUAUUACAAUAAGGUCGCCAGCCUCUGGCAUAAAAAUGAGUAGAAAAUUAUAUCGGCAGGCAGUAGGAAGAGGCAUGUGGUUUGAAAUACAGUAUGCCGAUCUUCUGAAUCAAAAAACACGAGUAACCACUAUUUAUUAUUCGCACUUGUUUUACAUGUAUUAUAAGAGUAGGAAUGUGAUUAUAUCCAGUGGAGCAACCAAUGCCAACUUAAUCAGAAGUCCUUACGAUAUCAUAAGUCUUGGAACUUUAUUGGGUUUAAGUGAAGAAAAGUCGAAAGCAGCCAUACUGAACCAGUGUCAGUAUCUUCUUUUAAAAGCUGAAAGACGAGUAUGUGGUAGAGGAGUAUUUACAGUGCAGGUUACAGAGGAAUCAAUGGAGGAAGAUACAUCCGAGGAAGAAUGUUUGUAACAGGAUAAGUGAAAGAAGAAAACAGUAAAAUUAUGAAUUGUAAAACGCAAUUUUAUAAUUUUAUGGAAAAUUCUGUGCAAUUUACUGCAUAUUUCAGUUUAACAUAUUUUUAAUAAAAUAAAUGAAACUCAAGUUUUUAA